AUGAGUUUGACUCGGCCGCUCACGCUGCUGCAGGCCGGCCCGGCGCCGCGGGCCGCCAAGGCCAGGGCCGGGCUUGCUCUGCGCCAUCGGCCGCGCAUGGCCCUCUACCAGGUUGCAUGUCACCUCACACUGACGCCAGGUGCCAAAUCCACCCCGCAGUUCUGCCGCGGGAGCCUGCGGGUCUAUUGA